GGGGCGCAGCGAAGGCCACGCACUAGUUAAGCAUUUUCUCGGCGAGCUCGCAGUAGAGCUUGUUCGACGUACGAAGUGAAGACCCUUUGUCAAGAGAUACCUUGAGAUCUUCUGGCCUCCUGAGGAUCAGUUGCGGCCGAGGAUGCCACCGCAUAAAGACAGCCCAUCAACCAUGGCCAGCCACUACAUUGUGUCAGAGCAGCCACCAGAAUUCCCUUGCAAUGGUGACGUUACAGGAAAAUCUGUGGACCUUUUCAAUACCAGAGAGACCCGAAACGAUACCAAAGGCCAGGAAGAGAAGCGCGGCAUCACAGACAAGUGCUGGGGAGUGCCACUGGCGAUGGCGGGUGCCGCAUUUCUGGUCGGCAUGCCUUGGUCGUGGUUCGGUCUCCUGCUCGUGUUUUUCGUGGAGAAGUUCGGAGUAACCAGGGAACAGGCGUCUUGGCCGAAAAGCGUCGCCACUACAAUCACGAACAUCUCAGGACUGGGCGUCUGUGCACUUCAGCAGUACCUCAACACAUACCACGUCGUGCUGCUAAGCACCAUUCUCACAUCGGUGGCAUUUAUAUGCGCUGCCUUCGCCCCAAGUAUGCUUUGGAUGACCGUUACCGUCGGAGCGAUGCACGGUUUCGGACACGGAAUGUUCCUGACGGCGUCCGCCAUAUACACGCUCCUGCACUUCGACAAGUACCGCUCUGUCGCAACGUCUUUCAUUUUUAUCUCGUAUGGUCUAUCCGCCGUUGUGAGCCAGUUCGCACUCUCAGAGCUCGUGGACGCGUACGCCCUCCAAGGAGCACUUCUCGUCUUCGGAGGAAUAAUUUUAAACUCUACGGCAUUAGUCAUGCUGGCCAAAACUCCUUCUCCUAUGCGGCUUGGUUGGAGACGAAGUAGCGCGUACCUUCCACAAAAUGGAUUCCAGAAACCGGGAUGCUAUGGUGCCACCACUAACGACAACUCCACCUGCCAAACCAGAAUUCAACAAAAGCCAACGCCACAAUCAACGAAAAAAUUGAGGCAGGAAGAGAGCGCUUCUCUGAAAGACGUCAUGGCGAUCUUCUGCAUGCCCUCUUUCUACGUUCUUCUGCUGGCAAUAAUCGUCGGAGAUUUCACGACAGUCGAAGUCUACGGGAGCAUCGUGGAUUACAGCCUAGACAAAGGCAUAGCCGUCGAUACUGCCAAGCACAUGGUAACGCUGUCCUCAGUAGGUCAGGUUGUGGGCCGCACCGUGGCGCCAGUGUUAGCAGACUGUAUGCCCUUGACCCGUCGUCCUAUGUACUCUCUCAGCUUUGCGGCCAUUUGCACAUGCCUGAUGGCGAUGCCUCAUGUGUCCAGCUUUGCGGCCGUCGUAUCACUCUCGACUGUUGUGGGCGUGUCGCAAGGGUACAUUUUAUGCAUCAGGUACGUGCUUACCGCUGAAUUUGUGGGUGUCAAACGGACGGCAGCCUGCAGCGGCAUCAUUGGCAUUGUCAUGGUGCCUGUGUACCUGGUCAGCCCCAAGUUAAUCGGCAUCUUUCGUGACGCAAGUGGUUCGUACGACAACUAUUAUCGGACGCUGGGAGCCCUCAGCUUAGCGGCGGCUGUCCUCUUCGCAACGUACGAUGCCUGCAGCCGCGUUCCAGCCCAGGGCGCAAAACGAGUCAAGGACCAAUGCGGAGGGCUGUGUGAUUGACCAACCUCGAGACUAACUUCUUCAUUUGAGGCGUUCGUUGAAUUCUCACUGCUCUGAAGAAGGGGUCAAUGGUCAGUGGUUGAUACCACUGACCAUUGGGACAAUGUGACAUCGCGGUGUCCAGCUCCGACCAGGCUUCGCAAAAGCAGCUGGUCGGCUGGUCUUUGAGCGUCGCCGAGGGUCACAAGCUCAUGGCCACCCUACGAGAUCUGGAGCCGACCCAUUUGUAGGUUGUAUAUGAGGCUCAAGUAUUUAAUAAAUAUUUUC